CUCGGCUCCGCCUCCUCGCCGGUGAUUGGUCGCCUGUGUGCCUUUCCAGUGCUGGCGCCCAAUCACCGGUGCGGAGGCGGAGCCGAGCGGCCGCGUGACCAUCGAGCGGCCGAACUGAAAGAAGGAGCAGCCGCGCUUCCUGGACCGGAUCGUCGUGGGACCGGAGCCAUGGGAGGAAUAGUGCCCCAUCAUUGGUAUCAGUGGGAGGAAUAGUGCCCCAUCAUUGGUGUCAGUGGGAGGAAUAGUGCCCAUCAUUGGUGUCAGUGGGAGGAAUAGUGCCCCAUCAUUGGUAUCAGUGGCAGGAAUAGUGCCCCAUCAUUAGUAUCAGUGGCAGUAAUAUGGGAGGAAUAAUGCCCCAUCAUUGGUAUCAGUGACACCAACGAUGGGGCACUAUUCCUCC